UCCUUUCAAGUCUCAAUAAAAUUCUUAUUAAGAAUCCUCUAUUAACAAAAACACUAGACAUUGAGGAGUCAUUGGUGACAGAUCAACCAUGGCCUGACUCAAUGUUGGACAUUGCAAAAUUUGCAAUUUGUUUUGCUAAUAUUCUGAUGACCGGGGCCGCCAAGCCUCAAGGACUUUUCCAUUUCCCCGAGGGGGAAUCCUAAAUGAAAUGAGAAAUUCCAAAAUAAAUAAAUGUGAAGUAGUUACAGAUGUGAAAAAAGUCAAUAUCUCUCUGUCUGUGUAGGUUCGGUUUGUUCUUAUCGAUCCAUUUCUUCGAGUGUGGGUGUCCUACGCUACUUCCGUUCAUGUUUACGUUCUCAAAAGAAAAGAAGGCUUUCCUUGGAAAAACCAAGGACAACCCCUAUCUCAGUCUCCUUUCUCUUUUCGGGAGCAGAGCUUCAAAAGAUGUAGUUACCCUAUGAUGAGAUUGAGUUCAACGGAUAUGAAGGAUAGAAAUAUGCUAUUUGCUGCUAUUCCAUCUAUUUGUGCAUCAAGUCCGAAGAAGAUCUCAAUCUAUAAUGAAGAAAUGAUAGUAGCUCGUUGUUUUAUAGGCUUUCUCAUAUUCAGUCGGAAGAGUUUAGGUAAGACUUUCAAAGAAACUCUCGACGGGAGAAUCGAGUCUAUUCAGGAAGAAUUGCAGCAAUUCUUCAAUCCUAACGAAGUCAUUCCGGAGGAAUCCAAUGAACAACAACGAUUACUUAGGAUCAGCUUGCGAAUUUGCAGCACCGUAGUAGAAUCAUUACCAACGGCACGCUGUGCGCCUAAGUGCGAAAAGACAGUGCAAGCUUUGUUAUGCCGAAACCUAAAUGUAAAGUCAGCAACACUUCUAAAUGCCACUUCUUCCCGUCGCAUCCGUCUUCAGGACGAUAUAGUCACAGGUUUUCACUUUUCAGUGAGUGAAAGAUUUGUAUCCGGGUCUACGUUCAAAGCUUCUACCGUAGAAAAAAUUCGAGAGGCCUUCGUACCCAUAGACCUAAUUCGAGAAGGCUUGAUAGUCCUAAGAAAGGUGAGGGUGGGGGGUGAUAUUAUGGCUGAAUAAGGAAGAGGAAUAGAAUCUCAUUCAUGUGUUCAUGCUAACAGAAGAGCGGAUCCAAUACACAUAAGGCAUCGGUUGUUCUUAACAGCGAUGGCUAUUCAUUUAAGUCUUCGGGUAGCACCACCAGAUCUUCAACAAGGUGGAAAUUCUCGUAUUUCGUAUGUACAUGUUCCUGCGGCUCGGAUGAGUAUAGUUAUUUAUAUCGCGACAGCUAUAAACAGUUCCUUGUUCCCAUUAACAAAACAUCCCCUUUUUCUUCUUGUUCUUUGUCAUAACGCCUAUUCCGGGACGAGUACUACUUUUUUUUACAAAAAUAAUUUACAAGCAGAUGAUUUUCCGACCCUGACUACCAAUUCCCCGACUACCUCUCUGGCUUAUCAAUCUAGCAAGCAUAGGAAAUCCAAUUUCGGUAAUCUUACCAAACAAGCAACGGAUUGAGCAACUAGCGCGAAAGCCGUUGCGCUAACGCGCAUCCUCUUGCUUGGAUUCAAAAAGAAAAAGAAGGUUGAUUGGAACUGAAAAGAACAAACAGGCAGGCAUGCUUUCAAUCUUUUAGAAUUUGAGAAAUGCACUUGUCAAGAGUACUCUAACAAUCGACGUCUCCCAUCUUCUCAGGAUUAAGCACUUUAGCUAUCUAUUAUGGAAAUUGUCCGCUAUCCGCACCUUACUCUUACUUUACUAUUACGGAUUUGGAAGUGGGAAAGCCAACCUGGGCUUUUGAAGAUCACUCUUGCCCGUUCCGUUCAUAAUUGCUUAGCUUAAAAGGAGAAGUCCAAAUAGUGGCUGCGGAAAAGUCAAUUCUAUCAUUUUUCGAAAGUUCGAGAAAGGUCAUGCACGAAAAGAAAGAAUCAAGGAAAGAACUGACUUUGAUACGAAAGAAAGACUGAAUCUGACUAUCCCAAUUCAGAAAGACGGAAAUUGCCGGUUGGGUUAGUCCAACCAAGAAAGAAAUGGGAUUCUUUGGGCAUUGCUUGGGCCGACUUCAUCAGUAUGGCUAUCUCUAAAGAUCUAUCACUGCACACUUGAGAGAUCUCUGUCUCCAGCCAAUCAAAGCGUCUAUAGCAGCUCCGCCGCUUUCUUUUUCUUGGAAAAUAUGUAGAUUUCAAAACUUACCGAUAGGAUUUGGUUUGGAGUUCUAAUAAAAUUGUGUACGAAGCUGUGCACACAAAAGCAGAUAUCGAUAAUAUCAUAACGUUAAUAAUGGAAACUCUUGUUUAUCUCUCAGUUCACCGAUUCAUCCAUCCGGGAGGGCAAAGCAUGUCUCUUUGUCCAGGUAUCUCUUUCUUUUGUUAUAAACGUUUAUCUAUGCUCUUUCUCUUUCUAUUAAGUGAAUAUGCCCAGCUCCGAACCAAUCGUUUCUUUAUAAAGAAAUCGUACUAAAUAUGAUAUUCACAAAAAGUACUUUUUCCAUGAAUAACGAAAACUACACUUUCUAUGAGUUGUUGAAAAGCGGAGACACCCAUAUUCGCUUUUUCCCUGUUCCUUCCAACGAAUAAAUGUAAAAAGUAUAGGUUCCUCUCCUGAUGAUCCCAGGUAUCUCCGUUUUGACGUAGCCUAUGCCAAGCGCAUGGAAGGAAGCUAAACAGCUCCAGCAGCUAAAAGGAGUGAAAACGGACAGAAGAGAGUACGAAGGAUAAGUUCAUACCAAAAGGAUUUGCGUUUUGUGAAAGAAGAGCUAACCGAGAAUUGCUCUUGUUGAAGUUGCCCGGCUUUAUUUAUAGAUCUUUGUGAUCUUUCCAUGGGAGAAGCGCUCAUUGAGAUCCUUCCAAACAGCCUCGGCUCUUUCGUUGUGGAUGAUACUCUCACACAGGUACCGGGGGUUACAGUAUGGUGCGAAUCAGUACAAGCCUGGGGUACGGGAAUUCUACGAGGGAUAAAACUCGCAAUUGCAUUGACAUGAUUGAAUUCAGCAGUUUAGUUCUUUUUCAAAAGAUACCGCUCUAGGAGUAAGCAAUGGAGCAUGGCCGUGUGAAGCAGACAGCUCUCUCGAGAGUCGCCUAUGAUUGCUUACACACUCUACAUUACACCAUAAUGGUACUCUCUCCAAACAAGCAACGGAUUGAGCAACUAGCGCGAAAGCCGUUGCGCUAACGCGCAUUCUCCACCACAUCUUGCUGGUUUGAGACAAAGAUUUGACAUAGAUAAUGCUUUCUCGCUACCCGCCCGCAAUGGUUCACUGAUCAAUACUUCACAAAGUCAUCAACAUGUGAUACGACAAAACUAGAAAGAAAAUCGUUUGUGGCUGAUCUCUCCAUCUACUUACUUCUAUUGGACCCAUAGGACCAGCGCUCACAACAAAUCCAAUAAGAUAAGAUCUAAUAAUGAAACCCGGGAACACUAAUUCAAAAACAAAGCGAUAGCAAUGUUUAUAGAAAAAGCAAAACAACACUCAAGAGAAACUCCACCUAGAACGUACCAGUCAGCACUUCGUUAUUGUCGACCGCGCGGAUCAUCAUAAGCAACAAAGUAGCAAAUACGCGUCGGUAUCACAUAAAGAGGAUUUUCGACAGGCUCCACAAGAACAUUCGUUCCUAGGUGCAUGACUGUUCGGGGAGCUCCUUCUUGCUAAGAGUGCCAGUGGAUUCUCCUCCUAUUCCUCGACUCUUUAUUAAGGAGACAGACCGGUAAUCUCGCUUCUGAUAAAAGAGCGGCUAUUCCCCUAAGAAAGCAAAGGGGUAUUCUUCCUUCAUAGAUUCCCGAUGCCGAGCUACUCUUGAUAGGCUUUCCAAGACCAAGUUUAUAGAAUGAUCCCUUGCACAUUGAGCAAGACAGUGUAUUCUUUAGGUUUGAGUAAGAUCAAUGGAGCCGAAAGUAAAGCAUCGGUAGUGAGGCUUUCCUCCAUGAGGAAUUAAUCCUUUGGUCGUCAAUGGGAACUUUAAGACGAGAGCCAAUGUGUCCAAACUUCCAGCUGAAUUGUUGCUUUCUAGUGGCCGACCAUCCUUUCCAGACCUUCUCUAGAGCUCUUCAAUCCUUCCUCCUAAGAUCCAGGCUAACUUUUUCAAGCAAUGGAAUGACUGGUAGGCGAUCUCAGGCUCGCUCGUCGUUGGGUAGUUUCCGAUAGUUCUAUCACCAUUCCAGGCUCUUCGCAUAUAGAGAACUCGAAGGUGGUCGAUGUAAUAGAGCAGGCCUGAGGCCAUUACGUACUUUCUUUGUUUAAGUUAUUAUUGAGAGUUCAAUGAUAGCUAUACACAAUGAGCGCUGUUUUCUACAUGCGAGAUGAAAUGCCAUUCAAGAGCGGAUAAGGCUAAAAAGAGAAAAAGCAGGGCUUGGCUUAUUCUAUUCAUCUGCACCACCUGACAGAGAUUCUUUCACAGCCUCGUUCAGCUAGUAGAAUUCUUUCUAGAUCUCGUUCUUUUCACUUUCUGGGCUGAGACCGUCCAAUUUCAUUCUUGCCUGGGAAGAGAGGAUCGGAACUCACACUCGAUCCCUACUCUUUCCUCGUACUUCACAGGUUUUCGAGGCCGAGGGUGAACUGGACUCGCAUUCACUUGCUGGGAAAAAGAGAGUGGAUCAGGCUACGACUGAGGCUGAGGAUAGGUCACAGGACGGAUGAGGUAAAGUAUUCCAAAACGGAGGAUUCCAACCCGAGGAAGUAGGUCAACCACCUUGAAUAUGGCUCCGUGGAAGUAGUUAGGGGAUAAGCCCAAGGAGGAUAGGCCUAUGGGAUUUCCACAAUGAGUCCUAGUACCAGGUAGGUUAAGGCGUAAUAAGUCAAAGAGGUCUUAGCGGAACUCGAUAGGCCAAAAAGGAGGGAUGUGACUCAUCAAAGGAAGUUGCCGACUCGGGUAGGUAAGCAAGAAAGUAGACUCCUUCAUCGGCCAGGGUACUCCUGAAAUCUAUCUCAGUAGGGAAAAGAGGAGUUAUGGUAUAGAGAAUUCAGACCUAAAUGGAUGCAUUGAUUAGGGACAAAGACCUGGUAUUUCAAGUCAAGCUUAGGCGAAGAGGUCCUUCUUUGAGGGAGGGGAGUCGUCAGGUAUGGAGCUGACUCUAAUAGGCCAAAUAGGAGCUGGUCAAGCUGAAGCUCGAGAGAAGGGGGAUUGCAAGAAAAGGGAGUUCUUUGAAGUAGUAGUUUCGGCAAAGAAGUUGCUUGUCCAAUUCUAUACCAAAAAGUAGCACCGGAUUCAAUUCCCGAAAAUCGGAAAUCAGUUCCUUCCUCACUCAAGAAGGGCCCGUCGCUUCUUUAGUUUAGAGUAAUCAAAAAAGAAAAUGAGAUCUUUAAGGCAUUACACUCUCUUCCUCUUUAGAGGGGUUACAGGGCUAUGCUCCUUCCAAGAGGGAAAGUGGGGCGAUUCUUCUUCCUGUAAAGUUUCGUGUUCACAUCCAGUCUUCUCUGUACACUAGUGCUGCUUCCAGUUCUAUGCUAUGUAUGGUAGUCGUUUGACUCGGGAAUCCCUGAGCCCAGCUUUUAGUCCGCGCCUGGCAGUUUCAGCCGUGGUCCAGUCCAGCAGCCUCUUUUCGAUCCAAGAGUCGCAUGAGAAGAAAGCUUCCGGUUAGCUUCAGUUAGUGUUAGUUAAAUAGAACGGGAACCUCGUAACUAUGCCAAGCCCGAUCUUGGUUCCAAUGCUGCAGAGAAAGGUUAUGGGUAAAAAGAAGGUCUUUAUCCUGGUGCUGCGGAGACCGGUGUUGCUGAUCGAACUCAUUUUCUUUCGAGGAGAUCGAAAAUCUCUUAAUUUCUGCGAAACGAAUUUACAUAUUUAUUGCGAGUUGAAAAGCGAAAGGAUGAAGACUGAUUUAGAUCCUCUGAAAGCGCAGGAAGUAUGCCUUUUGAGCUUUUUCUCCACCCACCUCUGAGCAUCCUGUUGGAAUGGUCCUAGGAAAGACUACGUACGAGAAAUCAUUCUCACAGCCAACUUUCCUUCUUCUGAGCAAAUAAAUGUAGUAUUUAGUCCAACCAAUCAUUGGUGAAUCUCUUGUAUGUCUUUCGUGAAAAGUGGAGUAUUUGUGCCCAAGAUCUUUCUAUCCCCUUUAGUAGGUGCACACAUCUCGUAUGGUAAAUAUACCAUUGUGCCCUAUAAGGUAAGAUUGAUUGACGGAGUCAAGAGAUGGAGAUCUUGGUUUAGCAGCGGCUGCCUGUCCUUUUCUUUCGUGAAAGGUAUGAUCUAGAGUGUGAUUCUGAUCCCGUGAUUGGGUGCUUGGCGUAGAAUGAGUGGAGCAUACUAGGAAUGCCGAAUGCUCGCUCAGUGAGGGAGCUCUGUUGGAGAAGAGUGGGACUAGAAAGAUGGAAUACCCAUGUAAGGCCAAUAGUUGAGGUACCUGGAUCCAGACAAAACUCCAAACAUGUAAGAAUCUACCUUGAAGCAAGGUUUCUACUGGUUAAUGCGUUCCACCCUAUUGAUGACAGCUAAUGUUACUAAAAGCUUAGAUGAAGAAAGAGCUUCUGAGCGAAGGCUUGUUGGCUUUGGUUGUUGGCGUGGAUUAUCUUGUUAAGCUCUGCAGAGAUGGUGAGCGUGAAGAAAGGACACUACCAUCAAAGAAAGACAGCUCUCAAAUGGAUUUGCUGGUCUAUGAUGACCAAGUAGAAGCAUCCGUUCCACAUAGGUGAGAGCCUAGUCUUGCAUAGGCGCAAGCUCUUCUCAAAAGAAUUUCGUUUAUAGGAUUCCGUCGUCCGUUUGUUUUGUUUUGAAUUGACAUAGAGAAAUCUUUCUCGCGUUCCCUUAAUUCAGGAAUAGGUGGCGAAGGCUACUUGUUCCUUGGCGGACUAUAUAUAAAGGAAAGGGGUUAUUUUUCCUUUACGGCAAUAAGAGUUGAUUCCCUUGCUUGUAGUUUUUGAUCGAUUCCGUGUAUUUAACAUAUUUAAGAGUGGUUAGGAGAGAGAAUCAAUGUUUAGUAGUAGGCCCGGUUCACCAGGUUCUACCACUGUUCGGCCCAA